AUGUGUAUUGCGUGUGACACCGAUAACGGGUGGCGUCUAGUGAACGAGUAUGAGUACGAGUCUAAGUCGUAUAGAGGGCGUACGUGGGGUAGUAGUUCUACGCUAGGCACCCAUAGGAGCUGUGGGAACCCACAUGAAUAUGGGACGAAGUAUGUAAGAGACAUAAGAGAUCCGGAACACCCUUACUCCCUGGAGCAACUAAGUGCUCUGUCUGAAGACUCCAUCACCCUCAAUGACAAGCUUAAUCGCGUCCUGAUAACGUUUACACCGACGAUCCAGCAUUGUAGUAUGUCAACUAUAAUUGGUCUGCGUUUGAGAGCUAAGCUCAAAGAAUGCUUGCCCCUCCACUAUAAGGUUGAUACCAAAGUGUCUCCCGGUUCUCAUGCCGUUGAACAUUCAGGUAAGGAAGUUAGGAGAUGGCUUAAGUCACUUAAUUCAUUUGUGGUCUCUUUUAAAACCUUAACAACUGUAUAGUUUGCAAGAGUAUGGAUGAUAUGUCAAGUGAAAAAAAAUUAACGAAUGUAACGCUCAUGGAUUUUGCUAUAUGAAUUCAUUUGUGCUCUGUUAUUGCAUAUGCUUCAUUGAUUUUAUUUGGUUUGCAUAAUUGCCCAUGUGCGCACUCUGCUUUGCUCUGUACUAUUUAAAAUAAAAAACCAUUCCAAUCUGC